GCCACGAACCAUUGCGUUCGGAGGUGUCUCCUAUCCUCGUGCCGGUGUACUACGCUGAGAAGCCUCGCUAUUCAACCUGCCUGCAGUAGAUUCUCUACUCGCUUAAGGGCCUUCCGUGUUUUUCAAAGUGACGAAAAGGCAGAUUAGCUUUCGCCUGCAGGGAGGAGAUCGAAGGAAACCUUCCGACAGUUCGAAAAGUUCAUGUGUGACGACGUACGACAAGAUGAAGUUCACACAAAAGUGUCUCGGGAACAUCAGCAAGAUGCUGGAUUUUUACUCGCAGUUCAACCCCUCGCCGCUUUCGAUAAAACAGUUCAUCGAUUUCGGUCUAAGUGCCUGUGAAAGGAAGUCCUUUAUAUUCCUAAGGAAGGAGCUACCAGUCCGACUGGCCAACAUUAUGAAAGAGAUCCACCUGCUGCCGGAGAAUUUACUGAAUAUGCCUAGUGUGGGUAUAGUUAAUAAUUUAUACGCCACUUCGUUCGAGGAUAUCAUGCAGUUCGAGAAGGUUGAAGUCAACGAGACCACUUUAGACAAGUUUUGUCAGACAUUGGUGAAGAUCCGGAAUAGACACAAGGAUAUCGUAGAGACCAUGGCGCAGGGUGUUCUGGAGUUGAAAGAAUCUCACGACGUCGAUGCCCAGACGGAGAACAAUAUUCAGUAUUUCUUGGACAGAUUCCUCAUGUCCCGAAUUUCCAUUCGCAUGCUGAUUAAUCAGCACACUCUCCUAUUUGGCAGUGAAUUGAACGGGCACAGUAGACACGUUGGUUCCAUAGACCCCUCCUGUGAGAUAAUCAGCGUUGUGAAAGAUGCCUAUGAGAAAGCUAGAUUACUGUGCGACGAAUAUUAUCUAGCUAGUCCGGAGCUGGUGGUCCAGCAACAUAACGAGCUCGAACGAUGUAGUCAAAUUAGGAUAGUUUAUGUACCAAGCCACCUAUUCCAUAUGCUGUUCGAACUUUUCAAGAACAGCAUGCGUGCAGUGAUGGAACACCACAGCGCCAAUGCGGAGUACCCAGCAAUAGAAGUGAUCGUAUCGCGUGGUAAAGAAGAUAUUUGCGUCAAGAUGUCUGAUCGCGGUGGUGGCAUCCCUCGCUCUCAAAUGGAUCAUUUGUUUAAAUAUAUGUACAGCACGGCACCAAGGCCAACUAGAACCGAUGCUCAUACUGUUCCACUUGCUGGAUAUGGUUACGGUCUUCCAGUUUCUCGGUUAUACGCCAGAUAUUUCCACGGCGAUCUCGUCCUCCAAAGUUGCGAUGGAUAUGGUACUGACGCCAUUAUAUAUCUCAAGGCUUUAUCGAACGAAGCCAACGAGCUGUUGCCAAUCUUCAACAAGACUUCCUCCAAGUUUUAUCGAACUCAAGUCUCGAAUACCGAUUGGAGUAGCCAAUGUGGAGGUGGUAUGGCUACGAGGCAACUACGUAUGAGUCAUGUCCAAGGGCAUAAACUUCCACGUGGAAUGGAGAUCAGGCAUUGCUAGCGAAAUUCCAUCCCCAUGGACCAAAGAAUAGGAAAGUAGUAUUUCAGUGUUUCCUUUUUAACGAGGUGUUUCGCUAGCGAGCACUGAUAGGAUCAAUGGAACGUCGGGGUUCGACAAAUUGUUAAUCAGGACAACUGCUUCUACCGUAGGUGACUCGGAAAGAGCCUCGUGAUUUUCGUGUCACGAUAUGUAGAGAAGUAGCAACGAUCUGCGAUCGUGAUCCUUUGUAAUCGGGUACAUAUUUUUCAAGAAAAACAGUAGAUGACUGGACGCGAUGGUCGCAGCGAUGUUAUUGCUUCGUCAGAAACAUAAAAUAUCUGACUACACGUUGUGACCGCGGUUACAAUACCUACAUAUCAUGAUUAUCGAAAUUCAACAGCACUUCGCAUGUUUCCGGGCUUUCUCUAUUAUUUUCUCUGUUCGUUACGCGUUCUUGACGCAACGACAAAAAUGAUGAAACGCAUGAGGCACUCAGAUAAUUCGGAGUUCAAUUUUUUCUUUUCCUUUAUAUAUUUUAAAACUCAUUCGUUAUUUAUUCUUCGAUAUUAUUUCGCGACGAAAUUGGAGCUUAUAGUAUAAGUUUAAGAACCGACUCUAAAAAUUCUUGAAAUAUUUAAUGAAAAUUAUGAAACUUAUCUGGGUGUUUUAUGAACGUCAUUUUCCUUUUUAUACCUACACACACGUGUGCCGAGCUUUCAUUAAGUCAGCAUUUUAAUUACGUAAAUAAUUGUAAAGCAUUUCUUUUGAUUCGAGCAAGGAAAACUGUGCAAACGAACGUUCAACUAAACUUCACGAUCGAUCGAUACGAAGCGAGAAAGAAUUUUUCUUCUUGUUAGAGAAAUUUUAUAAAAGAAUGCCAUAAAGUAUGAACUGUGAUUUGAUGCGUGAUUUUAGUUAAAUAUAGCUAGACAAAUUUUUAACCUAUUGAUAUGCAACGCUGUGCGCGUUUGCCAACUUUAACUGUGCAAAGAAAAAGAAGAGGAAUGGAAAGAAGAAAAUAUUGAUAAUUUAAUGAUUACUUAGGCGCGUGAGCUAGACAAAAUGACAUGCGAGUCAGGAGGGACUGGCUGAAGAAAGAAUAACGAUAUUGAUAUUUACUUCAUCCCCGGGAAAGUAUUUUGUAUACCGUGAACAAGCAAAAGAUUUCUUACAGGACACUUCAGGUGCCCCAACUUUUCAAUGAAUUUUUAUAAGGCUAAGCGAAAACAAAGUUUUGUACACGAUAAAUUUCGUUCUUCCCGAAGACCACGAUUUUCGUACUUAUCCCGUUUAUAUUCUAAGAUAUUUCACGUGCAUUUUCUCCCAAUCAACGUGUCAAAUUCAGCCAGAAGGAACUCGAAGAAAAUCAAGAUGAUGCAACAUCGUCGCGUUCAUGUAUCUCUUUUCUUCUCUUAUCUUUGCGUUCUUUUUUUUUUUUUUAAAUACGAAACGGACGUCACUCUUGUAUACUUUAUUCAAAAUUACGUAAUAAAAUUUUUAUGUAUUUGUUACGAGUAGAGCACGAUGACAUUUAGUUUUCACAAAGAAACAGGCACAACCCGCGUACCUUAGAGUACUGAACAAUUUUUGAGUCUUUACUCCGUUAGGGUUAUAAUAAAGAGAUUGCAUAAUUUACGUACGUAUCCUGCACGUUUUCUACGAUUUUCUAUAAUUUACCAUCAUUUCCAACGUUAAACGAGAUUGCCUAUAUCACAAAGAGAACGAAUCUAAAGGGUCGCAAUCUGUUCCUGAAAGGCGAUGCACCGUAACGUAAAAUUGCAUGAAUCGUCUCUGAUAUCGAGAGGAAGCAAUGUCACUUCUGCAAAUGAUUUUACAUAAAAUUCGACCCGUGAAAAAGUUUCACGGUAUAGUUGAGAGUGUGCUCUACACGUUCUCCCGUGUAUAUAAUUUUACGUUUUUAGCGCACUUGAAAGUAUGUCUGUCUAGAUGACAGACUCUAGCUGUAUUAACAGACUGUAGAGAUAUUCGUGUGGUUAAACGCGAGUGAACACUUGUAAAACAUUGUAAAUAAACAUAUUACGAGAUAAAAAAUUGCCUGUUUUCUUUUACAGUUCAUCGGGAUUGCUUUUAAAUGUCAAUUAGCUAUGCAUGAACGGACCCGAAGAAUUUGAUUCGGUUUGAGACGGAUGAAGCGCAAGGUUUCGACAGUAUCGACUAGAUUAACGAGUAAACACACAGAACAGAUGUUGUAAUGCAUUGCUGUAGUUUUAUUACGUUUGGCCAUGCGUACCAUAAGUGUGAGUUCGCUCUCGACAAAUGUUUCUCUCUUACCGCACGCUUCUCUCGCUAAAAAUAAUAAAAAGUACAUCUUAUUAAUAACAAUAAUUUUCAUUUAUAAAAUAACGCUACCCUAUGUACAUGUCUGGCAUCCAUCAAUGUAUUCAGGUGACUCAACAGAACGUUCUACAAAUUAGCAUUGACAAGUAAAGCUCGCUCGCAAUUAUCAUUGAUCGGUCGGCGCCCAUUCUUUUCCAAUCUUCGAGGAACCGUACAAUCGAUGAUAAUUUACAAAUCGGGUUUUAACCGGUUCAACGUUUGAUUAUUAAACCUUUUAAACCAGCAACAGCGUAACGAUAAAGGAAAAGAUAAAUUGUCACGAAUAAAAAACGCUUUAUGGUCGCAAUCGAGUAAAAACAAAAAUUAAAACACGUCGAACAGAAAGAUCGGGAAGAACUGGAAAUAAAUUACGGAUAGAGUUCUAAGAUAAACGAUUUACAAGCGAGAAAUAAAAUCGAUUAGCUGGAAUUAGUGAUCGAAGCUAUUGUGGAACGGAUUCGAAACGUUUGCGUCGUUGAGCGCGUUCAAAAGCCCUUCUCUCUCGUUUACUUUUGUUCUCAUGUUUGGCACCGUCGACUUAACUCGUUCCCCUUUUUCAGCGACAAGAGAAUGCGUUCGACUUUGAAGUAAUUUACGGACCGAUAUUCCGAUAAAAGUUUAUCACAAUAAUAAAGUUCUUAGUGCGUGUCCUACAAGUUUGUGUACAAGUUGUCUCUCGAUUGUAGAUUCCAAAAAAUACAAUCUCGUAUUCUCGUGUCUGCACGAAUUUCCAAAAAGGUACACUAAUGAAUUGCACGUAUCUUCGUUCGAUUUCUGUCGUAUGAAAAUUAAUUACACGCAUCGUGGAGAUUUCCUUUUAAAGCUAUCAAGCGACUUUUCAGUGAUCUGGGAAAAUAUUCCAUUAGAAUUCACGACGAAGAAUGUACACUUCGUCCUACUGAUCCUUCCACGAGCGAGAUCCAGUCGAAAAAUAUCCAUUCGCAAUCAAUCGGUAAAAGGUGUUGAAGAUUCUUCACAAAAUUUUGACACGUUCGUCGCGUAGACGGUGGUAAUAAUUUCGCGAGGAAAAAUAAUAGAGAACAAAACGAGUUUACGCAUGAUUCAGAAGUUUUUCGACGGAUUCCGCUUUCGUUCUCCUGCACCUGGUCAAAUGGGAUCUCUCGAUCAGGCAAACAACUAUUGCUAAAACUUCCUUAAAGUGUUUUUCAACGAUUCAUCUAUGCUACAAUGUAUAUACAGCAUGGCAGUGAUUACACACUCUAUAUUUCCUUGCCGUACAAUACACGUGCUACCAAAAAUUUUGCGACUUUAAAACUGCUUGAUUCGAGUCUAUAAAGAACCUCCUACUCCUCGGUUCGCAAACCUUCCUGCGUCGACCAUUGAAAUUUAAUGUUCCGACUGAUUUCAACUAUACUUCGUACGAAUCAAGCGAAAUGUUAUUCGGCGAGGAUCAACGUAAACGUACAUACUUGUCGGCCUACUUAUAGAACGUACUUGCCAUGCUUUGUCAACGUUAGAAAGACAAAUUUCUCUGACAAAUCACAAAAUGCGCCUGUUUAUUACGUCUACGCAUCUCUCCACCUUGUCAAACUAAUCCGAUGGUGAUUUCAUCAAAAGCGAACGCAACAAGUCCUCGGAAGUUCACCUGAAUUGACAACUUCUAUCCGAAUAUGAAAUUUGGUCGAGAACAAGUCUGAAAGGAUGUGACCGUUGUUUAAUCCCACGGAAAUUGCUUGUGACACUGACGAGUCUUAACAAUUAUCGAAUUACAAGAAUUCUGCGAUGAAACGAUCUAGCGAUCCUUCAGGUGAAAUUCGUAUAGCCUUCGUGCGAAUGCGGAUAGUUCCGUUCUAAAUUAUUUUUCUUUUCCUCGAUGUUCUUUUCUCGUGCACGUAGAAAAAUAAGGGAAACGAACUGUCAUUUAAUACGGAGACAAUAAUGAGCGCCUUGUGAUUGCGAAAGGUAUGUGUAAUUUUUUUACGGUUAGUAAUUACGCUCGGUUACAUUCCUCGUACGACAUUAGUACAAUUAUUAAUUAAUCUAGGACAUAUGCACUACUCAAAUAGAUACUUUAUAAUAAUUAUUCUUUAUAGUCUAUCAAAAUAUUCAUCACAGUGCUACGGACACAAAAUUGUGUUCUGUUUAUACGUGUAAAUAAUGAUUCUUUUUCUUCGAGCAGGAAAAGUCGCGUAAUCCAGCCACUCGUUGAUCGCAAGCUACAUUACAUACUUCACACGAAAGCGUGUUCUUAGAUUUUCCUUUAUCUCGCUCCCUCUAUCUCACUUUCUCUUUCUUUUUCUUUCUUGCUUUUUUUUUUUUAAUAAAAUAAACGACGAUUUCAACCGUCUUUCAAUUUUCUUCUGAAAAUAUCAACGAAUCGAUAAAUGGCAUCUAUUUAAAUUACACUUUAAACGAUUUUCUAGAUCACAUAUUUCUCUGUUCAUCUUUUGUACAAUAGUUUGAGGAUUCCAUUAAUGUCAACGAGAGACCCGAUUCUUGAUAUUUUCUAUGCUCGUAUCACUUAUUUCAUCUUCCAUUUUUUCUUUUUUUUUUUCUUUUUCCUUUUAAACGUAGAGUGCUACACACACAUGACAGUAUCAUCCCGUUUAAAAAAUUCUUAUUCGACUUUACAUAUGACUUAUAUUUACAACAAUAAAUUGAGGAGAUGGCCUUCCAAGGAGAUCGUCUAGCUUCUAAUUAAAUCGACGAACUCGCGUAGCUAGAAACUAUGUUCGUUUCCAUUAGAAAGAACGUGAUUAGAACGAACGUUCAUUCGCAACUAAUAUGAAAGACAAAAAUUCAAAGCGACAAUCUUCGCCAGAAAUCCAAAGACGCUUCUCGUGCGUACGAAUCGAAUUCAUCGUAGAA